AUGUCGUCGAGCGCCGAGCCGACCGGCCGGGCGCGGUCCAACAGCCUCGAGGGCAGCCACGGCGUCGUCAUCGCCGGCUCCUACGAGGGCGGCCUGCACGGCUGGCGCCUCGGCGAGGCGUCGACGGGCGAGCUGACCUUCUCCUUCGCCGCGCACGACGGCUGCUGCCGCUGCGUCGCCGCGAGCGAGAAGACGCUGCUGAGCGGCGGCGACGACGAGAAGAUCCGCGUCUACUCCCUGCGAUCCGGCCGCCAGGUCGGCGAGCUGAGCCAGCACAAGGGCACGGUGACGGGCCUCGCGUGGUGCGGCGCGAAGCACGCCGUCUCGGCCUCGGCCGACGGCACGCUCGCGGUCUGGCGCGCGAGCGACUGGGUCUGCGUCCACGUCUUCGGCGGCCACAAGGGCGAGAUCCGCUCUUUGGCGCCGCACCCGUCGGGGCGCAUGUGCCUCACCGCGGGCGCGGACCGCACGCUGCGGCUCUGGGACCUCGUCGAGGGCCGCUGCGCGUUCAUCACGCGGACCAAGGGCGAGGCGAGCCGCGUCUUCUGGGCGAGCGACGGGUCCUGCUACGGCGUCGUCCUCGGGAGCCGCAUCGAGGUGCGCGGCGUCGAGGACAACGGCGUCCUCGCGGACGUCGCCGUCGGCGCGGCGGUCAUCGACGCGCGGUUCCUCGACGGCGCGCCCUUCGUCGCCGCCUGCGAC